GUUGAAGAAGUAACAACUACGAGUUUGAAUCUAAUUUGAAAAUCGAGUAUCUUUCUCGAAAUCCUGUGUGGAAUAUAACAUUAUCAAAUCAGUGAAGUUUGGUGUUUAUUUGAACCUUGACAACGAAAAUGGAGUUCUCAAAAACAUACCAAUACCGUAAAGUCAUGAAGCCUCUAUUGGAGCGUAAACGCCGUGCCCGGAUCAACAAGUGCUUGGAUGACCUAAAAGAAUUAAUGGUCGAAUGCCUAACUCAGGAAGGAGAACAUAUUGUACGCUUGGAGAAAGCCGACAUCCUUGAACUUACAGUCGAUUACCUGAAGAAAGUCAAGACGAGGAAGAGCCAACCGUCGGCGGAGAGUUUUCGCACCGGAUACAAGUAUGCAGUGAACGAAGUAUCGAAAGUGUUAGCGUCAACACCUGAUGUUAACAUUCAACUUGGAACUAUGCUAAUGACGAACUUAGGCCAUCGACUUAAUCAACUUCUGCAAGGAUUGGAACAGCCACAGCAACAACAAUCGCCCCAGAGCUACCAUGUCAAUCAUCAGCCACAAUAUCCACAAAUCAGAAGUCAAACUACCGUAGCACCUAGCAGCACCUGUUCAUCGCCUGCUGUGAGUCCCAGUAGCAAGGAGUACUCAUUGCCGCCAAGCCCCGCUUCAUCGUCUUCAGGUUACGAGAGCGAUACCAGUAGCGAAAUAUCUGUUUGCAGUACAACAAGUGUUUGGCGCCCUUGGUAAAAGAUAAAAGUACAACCGUUAGAUUGUAGUAAAGAUAAAUUGUGAUACUUUUCAUUAGUUUCAUAUUGUUAACUCUUUGUAAAGGUUUUUUGUGCUUCCCACUUCUGUGAUAUUUGUUCAGUUGAUGUUUUUGUAGUUUAAGUUUAAUGGAGUAUAAUAGAAAA